AUGGCGUCGUUGGCCCAGCUCGUCAACGCCUCCGCCCUCGACGUCCUCGUCCCCAACACCGCACUCGCCUUCCCCUCCCACGACAUAUCCCCUCAAAAAUGGCUCGCACAGCUCAAGUCCCACGCCGUAGACAGAAGGCUGGCCUUCUUCGACGAACAUCUGCAGUUCCUGCUCAUCCUCAGGGUACAGUCCCUCGCGGACUCGCUGGAAGACCCGGCGCACCCGCCCAUCGCCCUCCUCUCCUUCCUCGCACACGUCCAGGUCUCUUACGACGCGUCCUACAUCUCCCCGGUCUCCCUUUCUUCCUCGCCCUCGCCGGGCUUCCUCACCCCAGCGGUCCGCAUCUCCACGCCCCCCCGCGCAUCGUCGCUCAAACCCCGCGUCCACAUCCCGCCCAACAUCGUCCCGCCGACAACGCCGAACCCAACGCCUCUGACCACCGAGCACGACCGCAGAUACGUCAAGGCAGAGGGCACCCCGCUCGCCUCGGGCGUGUGGGGGGACGCGAAAGACGGCAAGGAGGCCUUCGCGCUCUUGUGGGAUGCCGUGACGAAAGAAUGGGUCGCCGUCUACUCGAUGUCCGUCAACGUCGUCUUUCUGCGCAUGAACUUGCACGAUCCUUUGCUGUGCUUGACGGUCUCGAUGACAUUGCGCGAGAAGCCGGUAUUCGUCACGCCUGCGCGCAAGCACCUUGCGACCCUCAUCGCCGCAGCGGGCGGGCUCCCAAAAACACCCGCCGUGCUCAACGGCGCCGACGACGACGACGAUGAGCCUAGGAAGCAAACUGGACUCGACGAAGUUAAUCUACUCGGGGGUCUGCUCUCCGGAUCGACGUUCGCUCAUCAGACGGACAAGCCUCUGGAUCUGCCCACCACCAGGCUGGGCCCACGCACACGCAGAAAGGAGUUCGCGCUCGGGCCUUCGCCCGUGCGGCCGCCGUCGCCGCGCUCAGCGUCCGCCCUUUCACCGACCACGGUGACCGCACCCGUGCACCCAACGCUCCGAAAGUCCUUCCGCAAGACGCUCCAGACCGUAUCCGGCUUCCGCGUGCGCAUGCGCACCGUCUUCGUCCCGUACGUCCUCCUCCCGCAGCCCGACGCCGAGCGCCCGCGCGACCUUGAUGACGAGUUGGACGAGCUCGCGGCCGGGCACACGGAGCGCACCGUCGUGCUGUGCGUCGAGAUCGAGAACUCGGGCGAGUCUGGGCACGGGUUCUCCGUGGACGACAUCGACGUGCGGGUGAGCGGCGGAGAGGGCACGCGCGUGCGCCUCAUCACGUGGGACGAGGGCAAGGUCUUCCCGAUCAAGAUGUUGGGCAUGGAACAGUACAACGUGCUCUACGCGGUCGAGUUCCUCGCGUCCGCGCUCCCGGAGAAACAGCCGCUGCUCGGGGGCGCGGAGCCCCCCGCGGAGGGGGAGAUGCAGCGCGCGGUGACGAUCAACGUGCACGGGCGCCCGUUCGAGGUGUCUGCGUCCGGCGUGCUGUAUCCGACGCAGACGUUCGUGUCGCGCUGGAACUGCAUCCUCGACCUGUCGCUGCAGCGAAAUCGCGACUCGCUCAGCGUCGCCCGGACCGUCGACGACGAGUUCUCCGCGCUGCUUUCCAGCGGGAAGAGCACAGGCGUCGACCCGCACAACGCGCUCCCGGAGCCCGCGUCCCCGUUCCCCACCGCUACGCCCUACACCGCCAUGUCCCUCGCUUCACAGCAACAGCAUCACCCACCCACCAAUCCCACCUCUAACGCCGUCGCAGGGAACAAACGGCACACGCUCCCCACCACCGUUCCCGGCAGGGUCCCCAAGCCGCCAAUGAACUACCGCUCCUCGACCUCGCUCCUCAACCCCGCAAACCGCCGCGACAGCUACCCGACCACGUCCCCGAGCCCGCUCUCAAAAGUCGCCUACACCCCUCCCUCCAUCGCCGUGCAGUCCUACGCGCGCACGCCCACGGUGCCCACCACGACCUUCGCGCCGCCCCCGCCGACGCCCAUGGCCACGUCCGGGUUCGGCGGGAUCCCGCCCCCGGCGCCGCUCAGCCCCAUGCUGCCCACCGGCGCCGCGGACGAGGGCUUCUUCGACGCGAUGCCGCCGCCGACCCCGGCCUAUCCCGCGUACCCGUCCGCGCCCCUGCCGCCCACGCCGCGCGCGCAGGGGCCCGUGGCCGGCUGGGGCGGGAGCGUGGGCCCCACGGUCGAGAUCCCGCGGUCGCGCGGCCACGCGGAGCCUGCGUCGGCUGCGGGGCUGGGCGGCGUGUCCCCCAGCGCGCUCGGCCCGCGGGUGGGCGGCGGCGCGCACGGCGCGGAGCACGACCAGGCGCAGGAGGGCGAGAAGGUGGUCGUGUCGGUUGGGCUGCUGUCGCAUCGGAAUGAGGCCGUCGAGGCGGGGGUGGGUGCGGCGGACGGCGGGGGCCCGCCGAAGAUAUAUCCGCACGAUCGGUUCACGUUGGACGUGUUCGUGUUCAACCAGAGCUCGUGGACGCGGCGGUUCGAGGUGAGCUGUCCGGAGCGGCGGAGGCGGCGGCAGGUGGACGGCGCGGGGAAGGGCGGGCACGGCCACGGCGUCGUGCCGCUGGAGAACCGCGUGCGCGUGGGCCCGCUGAGGCCGUCGACGUGCCAGUCGGUGAGGAUGGACUUCCUCGCGCUCGCGCCGGGCGUGCACCCGAUCGAGACGCUGACGCUGACGGACGUCGAGACGGGGUACUCCAUCAACCUCCGGUCCGUCAUGGACGUCGUCGUCCACGAGCAGCGGGGGCGGUGA